CCUUAAUCCACAUCCCCAAUUCAGACCAUCUGCCCUCUUUUCUUUCCCUUCUCUUCUUUCUUCUCCCCUUCUUUCCUUCCCUUCUUCAUCUCAUUCUUUUCCUUCCUUUGUCAAGAACAUUCCACUUAUUCCUACUACCUGGAUACUAUGAUGACGGACACCCAUCCUGCCUCCGCUACCACGACCGAGGAUCCCGUCGCCGAGGUCACCUCUGCUGCCGACAAGAUCACAAUCGUCGACAACGCGGUCCAUACCACCACAGAACACAUCCACGACGAGAACUGCAAGCACGACCACGACCACGAGAAGGAGUCCAGCCAGCCCCAGGGACGCAAUGACUAUGACCUCCUCGAGAUUCGUGGCACAAAGGAUCAGACAACCGAUCCUCUUGUCAAGACCUACUUUGAGGCCAAGGAUAUAUUCACAAAGGCUAUGGAGCGCCUGAGCCAGAUCCCAGAGGGCUCUGAUGCCGAGUUAAUCGAGAAGCACAAGGACGACAUUGUCUCUGUCACCAGCGAUCUGAUGCGCGCCUUCUUGAUGGACGAAAAGGCCUGCGCCAUGAGUCAGAGGAUCCUGAAGCUGGCAGAGCAGUACGAGAGCUAUGUCCAAAAGUACAAUCCCGAGAACACCUCGACCUCCACAGUCGAAUCUGAGGAGGAAGGAGCAGAGCAACAUACGACCAUUUACACCAAGGACUCAGUUGUCUUUGUCAUCUGGAUCUUGUUCAGCGGGCAGCAGUUCUCCCACUGUAUCCAGACUCUCGGCUUUGCCAUCACAGAGUUCGAGGCACUCCGCCCUCGCAUGCUCGAGUUCCGCGCCUCGUGCCACAUGGCUCUCCGCAACUACAAGGCCUGCACGGAAGACCUUGAGCAAGUGCUGACUCUCACGCCCGAAUUGACCGAGGUCCACUCAAUGCUCGGCAACGUCUACUAUGCGAUUCACCAGGCUCAGGAUGCCAUCCAGCACUUCAAGGCCUUUAUCGAAACCGCCCACCCUGACUCGCGCACGCUUCCCUACGCCUACUAUGCCCUCGCUAACCUGACCCUGCAGUCCGCACCUUCGGGCGCAGCCAAGAAGAAAAACCAGUCUUUGAAGCAGGCAGCUGUUCUCAAGGAAGCACAAGAAUUCUACAAAAAGGCUCAGGCAGCCGACCUUCGCUUCAAGGAACUCUAUGGUGUACCUACGGCCUUGAACGAGGUCAAGCGCACGGCCGUGAUGGCGUUCGAGGCCCGUAGCGCUGGUCGCAACGGUCUGCUCUUGAACGAUUCGUCUCAAGCUCUGCUGGAUGCCUCGGAGGCCUUGAAGAAGUCGUUCAAGAGUCCCGGUAUCUCGUCCUGCGCCAACUGUGGCCGUCCUGAUAAUGUCGCCAACAACGAUCGCGCACCAGAGUUGAAGCCCAAGCCCUUGAUUAAGUGCACCAAGUGCAACAAGGUUGCGUACUGCUCCAGGCCAUGCCAGAUCACCCACUGGAAUUCUACCCACAAGAACACUUGCAACAAGAAGUAGACGGUCCAUGCGCUCGGCUGUUUUUCUUGCUUUUUCUUUUUUCUUUUUUCUUUUCCAUAUUUUUCCUUUUUAUUUUGCUCUGCUUGCC